AAUUAAAUUCAGAUAUAAAUUGAAUAGUAAAAUUGCAUUACUAGCUUUGGGGAUACAACUUCCGGUGUCCACACGCCGAACUAUUUUCUUGUGGUGGUAGGUAGCGAAACUUACCACAGUGCAUUUAUAUGGGUUUAAAGUGAAGAAUUACAGGGACCCAUUUCUCAGAAGAAUCCUUUAAGAACCUCCCCCCUCCUCCCACACCUGCCUGCCCUCCUGCUGUCUUCUGCACGUCCAAUGGAGCCGGAGCUUCUGACGGAAGUGCCGGCGGCGCUGAAGCGCCUGGCCAAGCAGGUGGUGCGGGGCUUCUACGGGGUGGAGCACGCGCUCGCCCUGGACAUCCUCAUCCGCAACCCCUGCGUGCGCGAGGAGGACAUGCUGGAGCUGCUCAAGUUCGACCGCAAGCAGCUGCGCUCCGUGCUCAACACCCUGAAGGCCGACAAGUUCGUCAAGUGCCGCAUGCGCGUGGAGACGGCGCCCGACGGCAAGACCACGCGCCACAACUACUACUUCAUCAAUUACCGGCUGCUGGUCAACGUGGUCAAGUACAAGCUGGACCACAUGCGGCGGCGCAUCGAGACGGACGAGCGGGACUCCACCAACCGCGCCUCCUUCCGCUGCCCCUGCUGCUCCAAGACGUUCACGGACCUGGAAGCCAACCAGCUCUUUGACCCCAUGACCGGGACGUUCCGCUGCACGUUCUGUCAGACGGAGGUGGAGGAGGACGAGUCGGCCCUGCCCAAGAAGGACGCCCGGACGCUGGUGGCCCGCUUCAACGAGCAGAUCGAGCCCAUCUACGUGCUGCUGCGCGAGACCGAGGACGUCAACCUGUCCCACGACCUGCUGGAGCCCGAGCCCGCCGAGAUCCCCGCCCUCAAGCAGAGCCGGGACCGGGCGGCGCAGUCGGCGGCCGGGGCGGCGGGGGCGGGGCCCGGGGCGGGCGGGGCCCACCCAGAGGCGUGGUCGUCGAAGGGCUCCACGUACGCAGACAUGUACACGCAGAACGUGGUGAUCAGCAUGGACGAGCCGGACGAGCAGAGGAGGCAGGCCAGCGAGGGGAAGGCCCCCCGGGAGCGGCCGGUGUGGCUCACCGAGAGCACCGUGCAGGGGGCCUACAGCGAUGCCGACGCCCUCAACAACGUCGGAGAGGACAUGGGCGCCCAUCGCCCGGGAGACGGCGGGCGCGAGGCGCAGCCCAACGAGAACGAGGAAGUGAUGCGCGCCCUGCUGAUCCACGAGAAGCGGAGCGCGGGGGGCGGGGUCGGGUGCGUGGCCUCCGGCGGGGCCGGGGCGGGGUCGGCGCACCUCUCGACGGUCAACGCCAGCGACUCGGAGAGCGACACCAGCGAAUCGGACGAGGACUCCCCGCCGCGCCCGCCCCCCCGCGGCGGGCCGAGGGAGGAGGAGGUGGAGGACGAGGAGGAGGACGAGUUCGAGGAGGUGGGCGAGGAGGAGCCCACGGUGCUGGUGGGCGGGAGGCCGUUCUCCUACCACGACGUCAGCCAGCGGCCCGAGCUGGUGGAGCAGAUGAGCCCGCAGGAGAAGGAGGCCUACAUCGAGAUGGGCCGCAACCUUUUCCAGAACAUGUUCUUCUGAACUCCUCUCUCUCUUUCUCUCGCUCUCUCUGUCCCUCUUGCUCUCUCUUUCUCUCCCUCUCUUGCUCUGUGUGUGUCUCUCUCUCACUCUUGCUCUCGCUCGCUCUGUCUGUCUGUCUGUCUCUCUGUGACUGAUGACCAUUACAGCCAAAGUGACCGCUGUUUAUUUUUGCAGAAGCAGCUGAGUUAACAUUCCGUUGUGCGGUAUUUCUGGACACGUUCACUCAAACCACUCCCAUCUCUGAUGGGCACAAACGUGGCUGUUGGGUAAUCGUUUCUAAAACACACCCCCCUCCCCCGUUUCUUUGUGAAGUGAGUGUCUCUUAUAUUGUAUA